UUGGGCACAUGGGGCACAGAUAAAGUCAUGACAAGUUAUGGUAGGGGAAACGACGCAGACGCCAUUUUCUGAUUGGUCAUAAAGCCCUAGCGGCCAAGAACGAAAGAAGGAAGGGAAACAGAGAAACCGUUCGUUCCAUCGUUCGCCGGAUUGCACAAACCAAGCAAACAAGCGUAUUCAGUAUUCUGUGCUGUCCAGUUCGGAGUGUUUCAGUGACCGUCCCUAGUAACAACUGAGACUUUUAAAUUUUCGGCAUUAUGUCAAAUCCUGUGAGUCCAUCCUUGAAAAGCUUGCCAAAGGUAGCUGUAGAUUUAAAGAGUGAACUGGAAGGCUUCGACCCAAGUUGCAUGAAAAAAGCAGCCACCACGGAAAAAAAUGUCUUACCUUCUGCCGAAGACGUGGCCGUGGAAAAAACACAGCAAACCCUUAUUGCUGGAAUUGAAGCGUUUGAUCCAGCCAAGUUAAAGCACACGAUGACUCAAGAAAAAAAUCCUCUUCCUGACAAAGAAGUCAUUGAACAGGAAAAAGAAAAGCAACAAUUGAUUUCCGGGAUUGAAAACUUCAAUCCUGCGAAACUGAAACACGCAGUGACCCAAGAAAAAAAUGUUCUGCCAACCAAAGAAGCAAUCGCCGCUGAGAAGGUAGCUGCAUAAAGUGGAAUUGGAACGAGAACAUCGGAGCAGUGAUUUGUGAUUUCGCUACUUUUGUAUCGUAGAAUAUUUUAUAAUGUUUACUGAUGUAAAAUUGGCGAGCGUCCUGAUGUUAAUGUAAUCUUAUGGACUAUACUUAAACUUAACUAUCAUCUCAUGCUUUCUUUCGCGCGAAUAAUAAAAUGCAAGUCGAGUCUGUUCAACGAUACUACGCAAAAUGUCAAUGAGAUUAUAGGUUUACAACAGUUUCCUUAAUACGAUAAUAAGCGAGAAAAAAAGACACUCUAGAUUCGAUAUAGUUUAUUUUUGCAUCUCUCGUGUAAUUUGUCGUAAACAUGGUUCGUCUUUAGUGCUGAUAUGUGCAAGUAAACAUUAUUUUUCCAUGGAUCAGUUUUUUAUAACAAAGCACAGCAAACAUGACGAAUAUGCA